CUGCUCAAAGUUUAAAUGGAAGGUGGAAUUCCAACCUCUUUCAACAGGUUUGUUGGAAUUGGACGAAAUUCAACGAAAACAAGGAGUACAUGUUUGAAUAAAGCAGCCACGGUGGUAUCAGCUGAGCUGAGGGACUAUAAAAGGACAUUUAGCAGCACUUGUGGAACUAUUCGUUCCAACAGAGAGUCCAUCAUGAGGUGUUAUGUGUUUCUGCUCUUUGUGGCUUUGGCCAACGCCAAGGUCUACACGCGCUGUGAAUGGGCCCGAGUGCUGAAGGCUUAUAAGAUGGACGGCUACGGCGGCAUAAGCCUGGCCAACUGGGUUUGUCUGAGCAGGCACGAGUCAAGUUACAACACCGCAGCAAUCAACAAAAACAGAGACGGAUCCACUGACUACGGCAUCUUCCAGAUCAACAGCCGCUGGUGGUGUAACGACGGCCGCACCCGUACAUCGAACGCAUGCAACAUUAAUUGCAGCGAGCUUCUGACCAACAACGUCAGAGUGGCGAUCAAUUGUGCCAAGCGCGUCGUUAUGGAUCCCAACGGUAUCGGAGCCUGGGUAGCCUGGCUCAAUCACUGCCGGGGCCGCGACCUGACGUCCUUCGUGGCAGAUUGUGGCCUUUAAUCAAUGGAAGCAGGAUAUUCUCCCAUCUUCAGCUGCAUAGGAAGGAGUCAUUUCUAUUUGUAUGUUUGAUUUGACAGGAGUAAACCACAGUUACUGAAGCUACAGAAGUUUCUUU